AUGCCUAAAUCGACGACCUCAAAAUAUGAAGUCGUUGCUGAAAGUCGAGAUCCUGCAAAAUCACCGAAAAUGCUGACAAUCAUCGCCAAAGAGUCUGAUUUACAAACUUUUCUCAAAACCAAUAAUAAUUCAUUUGCUCUUCCAGGAGUGGCAAAUAUUGGUAUUCACUUUCAAUUUUCGCCACCAUCUCGUUCAGAUGCGAACCAGCUGCCAUUGGAACAAGUAGUAGCAAUUGUUAUUUCUGGUGAGGUACCCAAUGAUGCUGCAGUGGUGCUCCUGUUAGCGUCACUUUCGAAGACUCGAGUUCUUACAGGGCUCAUUGCAUUGCUUAGUGAUCCAUUGAUUUCAAAGGUGAUGCACAAUAUCCACCAGACUGCGUUCUGGCUUCAAUGCUACGGGUUGAAAAACCCCAAAAUCGUUAAUUGCAUCGACUUGCAGCUUUUGUACGAAAGUACAGUGAAUUCAACAGUGCUGAACGCGGAUAUGCUUCAGAUUGCAACUGCUUGCUCUCAAGAAAUAGCGUCAGAAUUAAAUUACAGCACACACUCAUUUCAAGCGCGAACCAGGAUGUCCGAGAAGCUGCAACGCUCAAUGGCCUAUUCCGCAAAGCUUUACGCUAGUUGCUAUUCAAAAAUUAAGCGCAAGUUUAAAACAAAAACAAUGUUUGCCGAAAUGACAAAAACUCGGUGGGAGAUGGCUAUUAUCAACCAAGGCAAGGCUGCAAUUUGGUUUGAUUCCGAUGCUGAUUACCAGCCGCGGAGUCUCGAAUUCCUUGUUUGCAAGGAUGACGCGUCGGCAAUUGAGCUUCCCAAACUACAACUUCAGUGCGAAAUCGAUUCGCUGCUUUGUCUUCUUCCAUCUUCGUAUCGCGACGCAAUUUGUGCGGUUAAAAACUACCGCUUUCGACUUGUUGACAUUUGUAUCGAUGUUGGUCGGGCUCCAUUUACCUACAUGGGUAAGCGGCAGCGUGUUCUGCUCGAUAAAGAAGAAAAUGUUGUCUCAAAAGAGACUAUUGAUGAGAUCAUCGAAAAAAUAGGAGGUGAAACGCGCAUUGGAGGCGACAAUCGAGUAGGCAUCGAUGGCCAACUCCAUCGUAUUUCUGUCAUGAGAAGCAAAACUAACGAAGUUUACGCCUUAACGAUGCGUACAGGUCGAGCACUGCAAAAUGCUGCAUGUGUGCUGACAGAUCUUCUAUUGAGUGAUAAACAUGCAAAAAAGUCUGUGCUUAUCUUGGGUCACCCUGGAAGUGGGAAGACAACACUUAUUCGAGACGUGGCACGGUGCGUUUCAGAAACUAUGGAAAACGUAUGUAUCAUCGACACUUCGAACGAGAUUGGAGGCGACGGCCUAAUUCCGCAUAAAUGUGUUGGGUGGGCUCGUCGCAUGAUGGUUCGAUCUUUGGAAGCCCAAGCUGGGGUUAUGGUGGAGUGCGUUCAAAAUCACACGGUUGAAACGUUAAUUGUGGACGAAAUUGGUCGAAAGGCGGAGGUGCUUGCAGCAUCAACCGUGCGUCAGCGCGGUCCGCGACUGAUUGCAAGCGCACAUGGUGACUUUCGCGCGUUGAUUAAGAAUUCAGCAUUAAACGGUUUGAUCGGCGGUUCACAACAGGUUACCUUGGGUGAUAAAGAGGCAAGGAAUUCAAAUAAGCAAAAGCUACAAACUCAGCGCGCUGGUACUCCAAUAUUCGAUGUGAUCGUGGAGCUAGAUAAUGUUGACCGCGGUCGGUGUCGAAUCAUAUGGGACGUCGCAAAUGCUGUAGACCGUGUGCUCGAGGGUGAUGACUAUGCCGUCGAGACACGUCGGUGGGAAAUUAGUACACGAGGCGUUCAAGUGCUUAGAAAGUAG